UGUGUGUGUGUGUGUGUGUGCGUGUGUCACGGUCACGGGGAAUCCGUGGGAGCGCAAACUCCGCCCCCGCCAUGAACAUCUCCAGCGGCGAGUGCGGUGCUUGGGGGGGUUACCUCGCGCUCGGAGCUCGGGCUGCAGUGAACACACCACCACAAAUCUGCUCUUGAUCAUGUAACAGGAGUGCAGUUCACGGGAUCUUCACGAGCGAGCGAUGCGGCAGGCAUUCAGCAGGUGGAAAGGUUAACAAUGCACUGACCAGUAGCAUCGCAAGACCUGCCACAAUUGUCAAGAGAUGAAUGUCAUCGUCUGAAGGACCAGGCAGAUGACCUUUUUGGGAUGUGUAGAUGAACUAAAGCAAUCCUUCAUACUGACUGAGGAUUCCAGCUGCUUUCAUGAAGCAUAAUUGUAAUUGGUUUGUUGCCAGUUUGACUGGCUAAGUUUUCCUGGAGCUCUGUGAGCCGUUCUUUAAAUGGUCAUGGCAAAAACAACCGAGUCGCUUAAUUUGUCCUUCCUCCUGGAGCACGAAAGGCAGAUGAUUUUGGGUGUUCUCCAGAAAGACGAGAAACUCCGCAAACGAGAGGAGAAACGCAUCAGGAAGUUGAAAAAUGAACUUCUGGAACUGAAGCGAGCCGGACGGCGUAGUUCAGCAGAUCAGCGUGAGUGUGCUAUAUGUCUGCGUGCUCUGGGUCUCAUCCUGCAGAGGGGUAAUGUGUGUACCAUCUGUCAUCGGCGCAUCUGCAACUUCUGCACUGCUACGCCUCCAGGCAGCAACUGCAAAUGCACCGUGUGUGUGAAGACUGCGGAGCUGAAGGUGGUUACAGGAGAAUGGUUUUUGGAAAAGAGAUCCAAGAGGUUUCAACAUGCCAGCAUUACCAGCAGUGAUGUAGUCAAACAGUCAAUCCUCAGCAGUCCUCCAGAUGAAGGCUCUGCUCACAGAUCAUCAGAGAUGAAGAGAUCGUCCACACCACAGCCUGAGAGAUCAGCUACGCCCCAUUCCCAGAAAAGCACAGGGAAGAACAGGAAAGGGAAGAGAGCGGUUGCAGUGGAAUCAUCGGGGUUACCAACAGUACCCAAUAACAUGAGAGCACAAAUGGUCAAAACAGCAACCCACACCGAGGCUAGAAACAGGCCGGAUGGGGCAGAGAGUGCGUCUAGUAUACAAAGCAGUGACAGUGUUCCUGAAAAGAUGGCGGAUGGGCGGAGACAAACAGAUUCUAGCACACCCUCUAUCGCCAUAUCCAGAGCAUCCCUCUCAUCAGAUCGCAGUCGCUCUGAGGUGGACCUCAGUGAUCCUGUCGAGGUUUCCAGUGAAGACCCUCUGAUUAGUCGAUGCCGCUCUGUUCCAGGCCUGAACGAUGCGGACUCAGAUGAGGAUGUUGAUGCGGUGUUAUCAGCACACUAUAAAACCAACCGGAGCGUCUGCAGUGCGCAAUCAAUGUCUUCCACACCUGCCUCGGAGAGAAAGUGGGGUUUCCUAAAUGUACCUGACUCAGAUGCUGACACUACCAGCAUCAACAGUAUGAUGAGUGUGUACAGUGAGACAGGGGACUAUGGCAACGUGCGAGUUUCCGGGGAGAUCCUGCUCAACAUCUCUUACAGCUAUAAAACAGGGGCACUCAACGUGCUCGUCCGUGAGUGCCGCUGCCUAGCAACCGGGGAUGAGAGAAGACAGCGCACGGAUGCCUAUGUUAAAACAUAUCUCCUGCCAGACAAGUCCCGUCAAAGCAAGAGGAAAACCAGCAUCAAAAGCAACACCACUAACCCAGUGUUCAAUGAAAACCUGAGGUACGUGGUCAGUCACUCUCAGCUGGAGACACGCACACUGCAGGUUUCUGUGUGGCAUCAUGAUCGUUUUGGACACAACAGCUUCCUGGGGGAGACCGAGCUGACCUUUGACUCCUGGGAGUUUGACACGCAAAUAGAGGAGUGGUUCUCUCUGCAGCCCAGGAAUGAAUCUUACGUGGAGUCAGUGAUCCACUAUAAAGGGGAACUGACGGUGGUUUUGAAGUACAUUCCUGCAGAGAGAAAUCUCUCCCUGCCUCUGGACCAAGUUCAAGUAAAAAAGGGAUUUCUAAAAGGAAAGAAGAAGACCAUCACUCUUCCUAAAGGAGGAAUGGUGGAGCUGCUGGUUAAAGAGGCAAAAAGCCUGACAGCCGUCAAAGGAGGGUCCUCUGAUCCAUUUGUCAAAGGAUACCUGCUGCCUGAUGACAAGAAAAGCACAAAGCACAAGACGGCCGUGGUGAAGCGCACUGUAAACCCACGCUGGAAUCACACCUUCACAUACUGUGGCCUGCAGCACAGUGAUCUGGACAGCGUGUGUCUGGAGCUGACAGUGUGGGACAGAGAGCCGUUCGCCAGCAACGUCUUCCUGGGGGGGGUGCGGCUCGGGGCAGGAACUGGUCUGAGUUAUGGGAAAGAAGUAGACUGGAACGAUGCCUACGGGGAGGAGCAGCGACUGUGGCAACGCAUGAUUGACAACCCUGAGGUCCCGCAGGAGUGCACACUGAUGCUGCGAUCCAGCAUGGCUAAGAGGAAAACAUAGUGUCCCUGGCAAUACUCAUCACAUCUUAUCACCUCUAGACACUUUAAAGUGCUCUUCAUGUUCAUUGGCAGUACUCGCACUAGAUUCUCCCAGAUUCUCAUUCCAACAUUCAUAUGAACUCUAAAUUCUCAAAACAUACACACACACACAUAUAUAUAUAUAUGUACAUGUAUAUGUAUAUAUAUAUACUCACAUAUGCACUUCUAAGGUCCUAUUUACACCUGGCAUUAAGAUCCUUCUUGGCUGAGACAGACUGGCAUUUGCACCUGAUGUUAACAUGUUUCUCAAAUAUGUCUCUUGUGACCACAUGGGAUCAAAUUACCAAGAUUUUUAUGACUACAUAAAUCAUUUAUGUCAGUGCAGUAUUGCAUGCUGAUGUAAAAAGAAAUGGGAAGAGAGAGAAAAAAAUUAUCUUCCAAAUAUAUUAAAAUUUUCAAUUUCCACACAUUUUCAAUCUGCAUAUAAAAAAAAAAGAAUUUAGUUCCCGUAUUAAACACCCUUCAAAAGUGUGUGCUUCGAAUUAUGUUGAUAGCAGGCUUCUUAAAAAAAAUGUUUUAAUUGGACAGUUGAUUUUAAAGCUACAUGUUACGAGCGGAGUUGUGCUUUUCUGUCGCAGUGAAUGAUGGGCAGGUGUACGUUGUCCUUCACUGACCUGUCUUCAUGUAGCACUGCACGCUAGUGAUUGAACAGCCGAGACGAAUCUCAUACCAGGUGUAAAUGGGAAAAGCUCUUUGGUCAUAACUCUGAACGGCACAUGAAGACUAUUUCAAAAGAGCACAGUGAACAUAUCAGCAAUCAAAGAAACAUUUGUCCUGAAAGAACAAAGCACAAAGCACUUCCUCCAAGCACACACACACACACACACACACGAUAAAAAAAAUAAAUCAAUUUGCACAGAUACCACCUGCAUACAAGUCUUGCAUAAAUGAGAACAAUGUACUGGAUGUGAGCAAUCAUUUCUGUGAGCACAUUUAUGUAGCCAUGCACAAAAGAUCUUAUGAUAAUCAUGUCAGAUCUGUCACAUACACGUUAAUUUGGCUAAAGAGAGUCUGAUGCUGACUGUUAAAUUUCAUAGCUAGUUUUACCACAGUUUUAAUGUAAAAAAAAAACUAUAACUGGGGCCAAUGUAAUUCAUUAUAUUGAACUAGAUUUACAAUUCCUUCGAGAAAUUCCAAUGUUUUUGGUAAAAUGAUUGUUGUAAACACAAAUGUAGAGUAGAUAAAGUAGGCUAAUUACAUUUGUACGCCAUUAAAUGUUUCCACAUCAUGUUUCAUAGAGACUAGUCAAUUCAGCAUGCAAAUAUUACAAUGACAUCAUUUAAAUCAGGUAGAUCCCCCCACUCUGAAGUAAAAAAAAAAAUGGACUAUAUAUUAUAAUAUAAUAUAAUCGAAACCAAUAAUUCAAAGAAAAACUAAGACAAAAAAAUGUUUGAUUUGAUUUGAAUUUAUAGCAUAAAGGUUGGUAGAAAUAGAAAAAAAUUUGAUUUUAAUACAGAAAAGGAUCACAAAACAAACACACAUACAUAUGCACACAUACUGCAUAAGCACAAUGCUUAGAGCCCCUAUAUUGAGUUUUGAGCCGAGUUUAAUAGAUAAUUCCCCAGUCGAUGCUAUUGAGCCAUCAUGUCGCUGUGAGGUCUCCAUGAAUGUGUCCUUAAUAUCUAGAAUACUUUUGUUGGCAUCAGUCAGGUGAAUAGACCUUAUAGACAACUUACUGUAUAAACAAAUUAGAUUUUGUGGCAUGUAUAAGGCUCACUGUUUGACAUCCAAGUGUUACAGUGUCUAACAUUGUCUGAAGCUGUUUGAUUCACAGCAUGUUCAGUGUAUGUGUGCGGUUUCCACACUCUUGUCAGAAAGACAGUGUUUAGGACUGUUCUGUACUGUAAUUUAUCAUCUUCAGAAAGAGAAUAAACUAUAAUUAAACAACU